AUGACUGACUCCUACACCUCCCGCGUCGGUGACCAUUCGCCCUCUCCAAAUGGCUACGCGAACGGUGCCAGUCCGUCGUUGACCCAAUCUAACAACGCUGGUAUCUCACCUGUCAUUCGCAAAAAGCUCAUGGGCUACGUCGGUUUUGCCAACCUUCCAAACCAAGUGCACAGGAAGAGCGUCCGAAAAGGUUUCCAGUUCACUACAAUGGUCGUCGGCGAGUCGGGUUUGGGCAAGUCUACGCUGAUCAACACCCUCUUCAACACGCCUCUAUACCCUCCCAAGGAGCCCCUUCCUCCUUCGGCUGAACGUCCCAAAACGGUUGCUAUUGAAAGUAUUGGCGCAGAUAUUGAGGAGAACGGUGUUCGUUUACAUCUCACUGUCGUUGAUACUCCCGGUUUUGGCGAUUUUGUCAACAACGACGACAGCUGGAGGCCGAUUGUAGAAAACAUUGAGUCGCGCUUCGAUUCAUAUCUAGAACAGGAGAAUCGCGUAAACCGGCAGAAGAUCGUUGACAAUCGUGUUCACGCUUGUCUUUACUUCAUUCAGCCCACGGGUCACUCGCUGAAACAACUUGACAUUGAAUUUAUGCGUCGCCUACACACCCGAGUUAACCUAAUCCCUGUCAUCGCCAAAGCUGACACGUUGACGGACGAGGAAAUUGUUGCCUUCAAAGCUAGGAUCCUUGCAGACAUCGCUCACCACAACAUUCAUAUCUUCCAGGCGCCUAGCUAUGAGAAUGAAGACGAGGAAACUCUUGCUGAAGCCGAGGAAAUUGCUAGCAAGAUUCCUUUCGCAGUCGUUGGUUCAGAUAAUGUUGUUGACACCAAAGAUGGUCGUCAAGUCCGUGGACGUGCGUACCCUUGGGGUGUCAUCGAAGUUGACAACGAGGAACACUGUGACUUCGUUAAGCUUCGCCAGAUGCUUGUGCGGACCUACAUGGAGGAGCUUAGAGAGCGUACGAAUGAUGUGCUAUAUGAAAACUGGCGAAGCGAGAAACUUCUUAGCAUGGGUGUCGCGCAGGAUUCCAGUGUCUUUAGGGAGAUCAAUCCUUCCGCCAAGAUUCAGGAGGAACGCAUUCUGCACGAGGCCAAGCUUUCUAAGAUGGAGGCUGAGAUGAAGAUGGUGUUCCAGCAGAAGGUCCAGGAGAAAGAGUCGAAGCUGAAGCAAUCCGAGGAGGAACUUUAUGCUCGACACAAGGAAAUGAAGGACGCUCUCGACAAGCAGCGUGCAGAUUUAGAAGACAAGAAGCGAAGAAUCGAGAGUGGUCGACCGCUGACCCCAGAGAAGAAUACCACCAAAAACCGUCGCUUCUUGCGGUAG